CAAAGCCAAAGAAAAAAAUAUUAGAAUGUCCACCCGAAUCUCAAAACACAACUAAUAUUGUUGAUGAUGCAAUUAGCAUUGUGUUUGGCAAAGAAGCUCGGGGUAGAGUGCGUGGAAUGGGCUUUGGAGUAACACCAUCGAAAGUUGGAGCUUUUGUGCAACAAAAUGGAAUGGUUCAACAACUUCAAACUAUAGUACAAAAUGUUCAACAACAAAUGCAAGAAAUGAGGCAACAAAAUCAACUAGAAAUGCAAGAAAUGAAGUCUAUGUUUUUACAAAGUAUGAGACAACAAAAUCAUCUAGAACAGUCAAAUUUGAGAAAUGUGAGUCGUGGAGAUAUCUGUGCUAAUACUAAAUGUAAGCUGCUUCAUUGGUCUGCUGAUGAAUUAGUUGUUGCAGAAGGUCAAAUUGCAUCCACAGAUCCAAACACAAAAGUGCAUCAUGUUAUUCUUGGUGGAUCAUGUUGGAAAGUUUGGGUUGAUAAAGUUUUGGUAGAAAAGGUGGACCUAAUUCGACCAAAUGAUGAAAUGCAAUUUCUUAAUGAUGCAAUAGGAAGCACGGUUGCAUGGUUAUCGAAAUUUAUAGUAUUGUGUGAUUGA